GACCAGAGAUUAGAACGAAAGAUUGGCUGGAUUCAAGGUGCCAUGGUCAAUGUAAGCUACAUCAUCGGUGCAGGUAUUUUUGUAGGCCCAGCACUUACAUUACAACUUGUUGGAUCAGGCGGCAUGAACUUGAUUAUUUGGUUUAUCGGUGCAUUGGUUGCAUUCUCUGGAACUUUUACAUUUAUGGAACUAGGCACCAUGUGGCGGAGAAGUUGGUUAUCUAGAAUACUGUUACCGAAAGCCCAAAUAUCUUUUAGCUUAUCUUUUCACAUAUUGGAGUUUGAUGAAUCGAUCCAGUGGUGUCGCAUCACAAGUUUUAAGUGCUUCUCUUCUGACCCUUGUAAACAUCUUGUCUACAAAGACCACUAUGAAAAUGAUGGGACCAUACCCUCCGAUGUAGAUGCAGGAUUAAAUUUAUCGUUUUAUGGUACCUCAACAACAGUUGGCCCUUAUGCAUCUGCAUUGUACUAUGUCAUGAAUAGUUAUAGUGGAUGGCAUAACUUGAAUUACAUUCUCGAUGAGGAUCCCAUUAGAAAUUUACCAAAAGCUUCUGCCGCCGCAAUGCUGACUACAGCCGCGUUAUAUAUUCUCACCAACAUGGCUUAUUUGAUUGUUUUGCCACUUGAUACCAUGAAGAACUCCGAAUUUAUUGUGGCCGCUGCAUUUUUCACAAAGUCAUUGGGACAAAAUUUUGCUUCCAACGUUUUACCAAUUUUUAUUGGUCUUAGUGCAUUUGGCUGUGGUGCUGCUAUCAACUUUUCAGCCGGAAGAGUCAUUAUGGAAGUGGCAAGACAAGGUUUGUUGCCGUAUGGUCAUGUGUUUGGAAAGGUGAAUCCCAAGAUUGGUAGUCCUGUAAAUGCCUAUCUUUUACAAUACGUACUUUCAAUCAUAUUUAUUCUUGUACCUCCACCCGGCGCUGUCUAUCAAUUUAUCGUAGCAUUUGCUGCUUAUCCUGUCUAUGUUUUCUACUUUUUAAUGGCAUUAGCAGUCUUGAUUCUAAGAAAACGGGAGCCUUUCAGCAAACGACCUAUUUCGGCUCCAUUAGUUCCAUACGUGUCUGCCAUUUUCUCCAUGCUGCUUUGUACUUGUUUCUGGUAUUAUCAAGUUGUUUUGAACAACUCACCCGGUAAAUCGUACAAUGAGUCCAUUCGAAACCAAGGCCAUGCAGCUAUUGAACAAGAGAUUUAUGGUGAGUAUGCCUCAGUUCCUACAGAUGAUGCAUCAUAG